AUGUCAGAUCCUGAAGAAAUCGCGAAAGAGGAGGCAAUCCUCGACGCCAUUUCUGAUAGCCAUGUUUAUGUCCCAGAUCAGAUGUUCAAAGUCGCUCAUCGAUACUUCACCCGAUACAGAAGAGUCGGAUUCAUGGCUGACCUUGACAAAGCUAUCAGCAUGGAAACCAAGGCUAUUGACCUCACGCCUGAGAGUAACAGACAGCGAACUUCACGUCUGAUCAACCUCUCUGUCUACUGGCACGAGAAAUACCCAAGAAGUGAUCCACAAAAUGUUCAAGGACUUCAAGACUCCAUUAAAGCUUCGCGAGACGCAAUCGCAGCUCUGCCAGAAAACUACCCAAACCGGGGAACAAUUCUUGACCAGUUAUCCACAAAGCUAGGAUUGCUCUUCAUGCAGAUGCGAGAGCUGGCACUUAUCGAAGAAAACAUUGCAGUCCAACGAGAGGCUGUGGAGGUAACGCCAAUUAGCAAUCCUAAGCGUGUCCUUUUUCUAGCCAACCUGGCUGCUCCUCUUACAGCCCGACACCAAGUGCUUGGAAAUAAGGAAGAUCUCGAUGAAGCGAUUCAAAUAUGUCGUGAUGUCAUAGCACAGACGGAUGUAAACUCGCCCCAGCUUCUCGAGAGACUGGGAAACCUCUCGCUAGGUUUAAGCGAAAGAUACGAUGCACAUGGUGACCAAGCCGAUCUUGACGAAGCCAUCGAGGUGGUGAAACAGGCUAUUGAAGUCACUGAAGAGGAUAGUCUGGAGCGCAUGGCCCAGCUGAGCAACUACGCUAAUUUCCUUGGUGAUCGAUACCUCAGGACGGGAAAUAUUAGCGAUCUUGAAGAGUCCAUUCACAUUUUCGAAAUGGUCUGUGAUCGUGUUGCAGAUGAAGAGGUAUACUUGGACAGACAUAAAUGCCUCAGCAACUUUGGCAUCCAGCUCAGUCGAAAAUACAGGAGGAUAGGAACCGUGGCUGAUUUGAAGCAAGCGAUACAAGUCGGAAGAAAGGCUUGUGAACUGAGCCCCGACGACGAUAGCAAGUCAAAGAACCUCUCCAACCUAGCAAUCGUUUUGAAGCACGAAUACUUCAGAACGGAUGACCCAGAGGUUCUCGAGGAAGCAAUCAGUGUUCAGAGAAAGGCUGUACAGGCCGUCCAUAAGAAUCACCCCGACAUAUUUGCAACCUUUCACAACCUUGCGACUCUUCUCACUACGAAAUACAAACUUACACAAAAGUUGGAGGACCUUGAAGAGGCGUUGAGACUUGGGCGGCAAGCUGUCGACCUGACACCGGAAGACCAUGCCAAUAGAGCCGCUUGUCUCAACACCCUGGCAGUCCAGUUGAGUGACUUGUCCAAAAAGACUGGAGUGUCGAGCCACUUACACGAAGCCAUCCAUUAUGGGCAAGAAGCACUAGGUGCCACGGGAGAAAACCAUCCGGAGCGUGCGAAUAGGCUGGUCAACCUAGGUGGUCGAUAUGGUGAUUUGUUCUGGAGGACGAAAGAAAAAGAACAUCUCGAUGCUGCCAUUGCACACUUAGAAUCUGCCUUGAAUAGCCCUAGCACUUACGACGAUGCUCGCAUCCGUGCAGGAAAAGAGCUCGUCCAGUACUACGCGGCUGUACCUGACUGGGAUAAGGCUUAUGAAGCUGUCAAGACUGCGAUGGAUCUUGUUCCCAAUCUCAUUGCACAGACUACUAGCAAUGCUGAUAAGCAAGGUGCACUGGUCCAGGUUUAUGGCUUAUCAUCCGAUGCAGCAGCUGUGGCACUCUCGGCAAACAAAGGAGCUCUUGCUGCAAUACGGUUUCUUGAACAAGGACGUGGAAUGAUGGCAGCAUCCCAUCCCGAACUCGCUGAGCGCCUAAACCGAUUGCAAGGUCAAAUCCGUUCUUUUGGGACUAUCGGUUCUUCUAGUGAUGAGAUCCACGGGCCUUCGUUAUCAGGCGGACAUGCCAAUGUGAACCAUGACCUGGACGAGCUUCGCGGACUACUUGGCGAGAUCCGCCAAAAGCCCGGAUUUGAAGACUUUCUCUCUGCGCCAAGCGAAUCAAACAUCAAAGAUGCUGCCAUUCCGGGAGCAAUUGUUGUCAUCAACGUCAGCGAAUUCCGCCGUGACGCUAUUCUCGUGGAGCACAACAAGAUCCACAACAUUCCGUUGCCUCAGCUUAUGAUCCAGGAUAUAAGGUCCAAUACCCAACAAGCUCAUACUUCGAGUCCAAAGAUACUCGAGUGGUUGUGGCAUACUGUUGCUGAACCCGUCCUUGGUGCACUAGGUAUCAAUGAGGUUUGUCCUGAAGAGCGCCCGCCACGAAUUUGGUGGAUCCCAACAGGCGUAUUGAGCAUAUACCCUCUCCAUGCAGCUGGCCGACAUUACGAAGGGUCACGAGACACUGUGAUCGACAGAGCCAUGUCAUCAUAUAGCUCAUCUAUCAGAGCCAUUAUCCGGACUCGGGGUCGUGCAGGUCUAAACCUGGUUCCCUUGAGCAACGAGCGGGCCGUCCUUGUAUCCAUGGAGCGAACACCAGGGUACAGUACACUCCCUUCGGCUGGCAAAGAAAUAGCUCAGCUACGUCCCAUCUGCGAGUCCAAAGAUUUUGAAGUAGUUGAACCAAAGUCCCUCAAAGAAGACAUUGUUUCGCAGCUUCCGGGUUGUAAAAUCUUCCACUUUGCUGGCCACGGUGCCACCAACCUACGCGACCCUUCUCAAAGUAGCCUUCUGUUGGAGGAUGAGCCUCUAACUGUGUCAAACCUCCUCGAAACUAACAUCCAUCAAUACUCGCCAUUCCUUGCAUACCUCUCGGCAUGCGGUACUGGACAGAUUGCUCAUGAGAAGUUCCUUGAUGAAAGCAUUCAUCUUAUCAGUGCCUUUCAGCUAGCUGGAUUUCGCCAUGUUAUUGGCACUCUUUGGGAAGUUGGCGAUGAUAUCAGUGUUCAUAUGGCAAGGAUCACCUACGGAUCUAUUCAACGAGGUGACUCGGCAGAUGGGUCGGUAUGUCGAGGCUUACAUAAAGCGACAUUGGAGCUGCGCGAUCAAUGGUUCAAAGAACAGACUCCAACUCGUGGUCGUAAGAGAAAGGCAAGCCCCAUUCUAGAAGAUGAGAGAGGAGAGAUAUUUGAAGCCCGUGAUAUUGAAGCCUUGGAUGAAGAUGAAGAUGAAACCGUAUCUAAAUUGCCGCAAUGGGUUCCAUAUGUUCAUUAUGGAGUAUAA